CGACUUUUGCCUUCUCAAUUUGUCCCACACCUCAACAACCAUCCUAUAUGGCGGAGUCACUCAUUCCUCUGCCCUACGGUUGACAUCAAUAUCCCCGCCCUCCGUCGAGGGCCAUCAUCUGCCCGCGUCCGACAAUUACAGCUAUGACGGCAUCGCACACGCCGUAUCCGGAGGACGACCCAAACGAUGCCCGCUUCGACGAUGCCGAUAUCUCUACCGUUCCCUUCGUCGACCAGCCGGCUUACGGCCGCCGACUCUGGCAGAAACCUAUCAGCUUUGUUCCUGCCUCAAAGCCAUGCCCUCCACUCGCUGCGCCUUCCAAGCUCGACGGUCGCUCCUUCGCAGAACAGUACCUCGCCAUCGUCUUUCCAAAUGGCCAAUCGCCACAAAAAACGGACGCAUAUCCGGCAUGCGGAAUCUGCGGCGCGCCUGUCAAAGAAUCCGACCAUCGCAUGCACUACCUAAGCCCAGUGCACCAGGCUGCCCUCCCAGAAAUACAAACGCCUUCCGGUAUUGACCGAACUCGCUUGGGUCUGAAGUUGCUGCAAAAACAUGGCUUUGACGUUGAUGCGCGCAUGGGUCUUGGGGCUACUGGACAAGGCAUGCUCUUCCCCAUCGUGCCGAAGGAGAAGAGGGACAGGCUAGGCCUAGGUGUUGAUAAAAAGGCAGUGGAGCGGGAGAAGAGAGAAGCGCUGACCCCGAAAGGGGCCACACUUGAUGCUGGACAAGUGCGGAAAUUGGAGGUGCAGCAGAAGAAAAAGCAUGAGAAGCUGCAGAGUAUGUUCUACGGGGACGACAAGCUGGACAAAUAUUUGGGAAGGGGCCCGGUAGAUCAUGGGCUGAAGUAGGGGCAUAUGCCUGUUUACUGGAGAGCCUGCACUGCGCCGUAUAAUGCGCACAGCCAGGCAACAGUGCUGAAGGUUUAGUUUUGCAUGCUUAGAUAUACAUGCCACGGGACAGCAUGGCACCGGCGUUCUUCAUCGGAUUUGGGAUUGUGGAGUGCUGUGGAAUUCAUGUUAUGAUACCCCAGGUUGUUCAAUGAGAC